AUAAGGGCAAUAUUAUUUUAAUGAAGAACCACGGGUCCCUUCGUGCAUUGGCUCCGCUCACGCGAUGCAUUAUGGGGAUUGUAUUGCGCCUGUCCCGCAGGCUGGAGGAAGGAGGACACCGAGGAGAACUACAAUCCCCAUGAUCAAAAGAACUUUUGGGGAAGGGCCGUGGGUGUUGGACGCAUGCGCAAAUUUAGAAGGGAAGGAAGACUCGUGUGGCUAGAACGAUCCAGUGGCGGCAGGUGAGAGCCACCCCCGCGCCUCACCUUGCGCUUCAAUCCAUCAGGCUGGCACCGAGAUGACCCUCUUCCACUUUGGGAAUUGCUUUGCCCUGGCUUAUUUCCCCUAUUUCAUCACCUACAAGUGCAGCGGUCUGUCAGAGUAUAAUGCCUUCUGGAGGUGCGUCCAAGCUGGGGCUACCUACCUCUUUGUCCAGCUUUGCAAGAUGCUGUUUUUAGCUACGUUCUUUCCAACAUGGGAAGGGGGUGCAGGUGCUUAUGACUUUGUUGGGGAAUUCAUGAAAGCCACUGUAGACCUGGCAGACCUGGUGGGAUUGCAUCUCGUAAUGUCCCGGAACGCAGGGAAAGGGGAGUACAAGAUCAUGGUGGCUGCCAUGGGUUGGGCAACAGCAGAGCUCAUUAUGUCCAGGUGCAUCCCGCUUUGGGUGGGAGCUCGCGGCAUUGAGUUUGACUGGAAAUACAUCCAGAUGAGCAUUGACUCCAACAUCAGUCUGGUGCACUAUAUUGUCACAGCCGCCCUGGUUUGGAUGUUUACACGCUAUGAUUUACCCAAACACUACCGACUGCCCCUCACUUUCCUCCUGGGAGCCAGUGUCUACAAGGCUUUCUUCAUGGAAUCUUUUGUUCAUGUUUUUCUCCUGGGCAGCUGGACAGCUCUUCUGGUCAAGGCGGUCAUCACUGGCCUCCUCUCCCUCAGUUCCCUGACUCUCUUUGUUACUCUGGUACAUAGUAAUUGAACUUCUACCUUCCUGCCUUCCUCUUGAGAAAGGCGUUGCCUGUGCAUUCCGGGAUUGUUUGCUGGUGCCAAGAUGAGAGACGGUUUGAUCCUGCCCGCAGUAAGAUCGGUCCCAAAUGUGGCCUCUACUUGCAAGCAACAGGAUUAAUAAUAAUAAAAACAUUUUUUUUUGUG